GGGUACAGGUUGUGGUUGUGGUUGUGGCGCUGCGCUGCUGAUCGCGCGGGAGGCGGCGCUCCGACUGUGUGAGUGAGUGAGUGAGUGAGUGUCUGCUCUGUGUGUGUGUGUGUGUGUGUGUGUCUGUGCCCUCCCGGACCUGUCCGGCUGUCCGGCUGCCGUGUGUGUGUGUGUGUGUCCGGCAGUGCUGUGUGUGUGUGUGUCCGGCAGUGCAGUGCAGUGCUGUGCCCUCCCGGACCUGUGUGACCCGCUGACCGCGUGUCGGGUGCUAUGGCGUCCAGUGAGGAGGACGGUGCGGUGGAGGAGAAGGAGCAGCACAGGAGGCAGAGCGCGGUGGCCAUGGCGUGGCUCACCCUCUACAACAUCACCAUGACCGCUGGAUGGCUGGUGCUGGCUGUGGCUAUGAUCCGAUUUUCUUACCAGAAAGGAACACACAAGGGACUGUACAGGAACAUACAAAAAACACUAAAAUUUUUCCAGACGUUUGCAUUACUAGAGAUUAUCCACUGUGCUAUUGGGAUAGUACGAACUUCGGUGCUCGUGACUGGGGUCCAAGUCCUGUCCAGAAUUUUCAUGGUGUGGUUCGUUAUACACAGUAUAAGACCGAUUCAGAAUGAGGAGAGCGUCGUUCUUUUCCUGGUCGCAUGGACGGUGACAGAGAUUACUCGAUAUUCCUUUUACACAUUCAGUCUGCUCAACCAUUUGCCUUACUUCAUUAAAUGGGCCAGAUACAACUUCUUCAUUCUCUUGUACCCAAUCGGUGUAGUUGGUGAACUCCUUACAAUUUAUGGUGCCCUGCCUUUUGUAAAGAAAUCUGGCAUGUAUUCAUUGAGACUUCCUAACAAGUACAAUGUCUCAUUUGAUUACUAUACGUGCCUCAUAAUUGCUAUGAUAGCAUAUAUACCACUUUUUCCACAACUCUACUUCCACAUGUUACGUCAAAGAAGAAAGGUGCUUCACGGAGAGGUGAUGAAAGAAAAAGAGGAUUAGACCAGCUGUGAAACAAUGGUGCUUCUCAGGAGCAUUAGAUGCAAACCCCAUUUACAUCAAUGCUGUAUAUUUAGAUUUAAUCAGAUUUUACAGUUGAUCUGAAACAAAUGGUGUAAAUCAUGAACACUGAUCAAAUUGGAACUAAAAUAAACUAUCUUGCCAUUCCUGACACUCCAAAUUGCUCCUGGAAUGGAUUAAGACUCCAAUGGAUAAUAGUUUUACGUUAUCAUGGCACAUCUCUGACCCUGUUCAUAUCCUGCACUUGUUGGGGUUAAAUUUAAAAUCUUUAACACAUUUACCUGGGAUUAUUUGUAUCACAGUGAAAACAAAAUAAAGACUCAAAUUCAAAAGAUUCAAUUCAGAUCAAUGUAAUCCAAAUGGAAUCUGAAUUAAAUGUGUAAACCGGGUUGAACUGAACAACCAAAAUUUUCAGUGUGAUCCAUUGGAGUUACAAGAAUCAUGGAACCAAAAUAAACAGCUAUGUGCAAAACAUAAUGAAGUUAUGUAUGGAUUAUUUAGCAAAUUUAAGUUAUCCCACAAUUUUGUAUUUAGUGACUGAUUUUAAAUUAAAGAUAGUUGAAGUUGACAACAGUCUGGCUUCCGAAUCAGGUUCCAUUGUUCAUUUUAUAACAUACACAAAAAUAACAGUUUCAUCCCAUUUACAGCAAUAUACAGAGUGUCUGACUCUGAGCUUAAGACUCUUUGUACAGUUAAGAUGCAAGGAUCAAAGGUGACUCAUUUGCACUAUUGAGAGUGCAAUUUGCGGCAUUUCACAAUGCAUUGGAUGUAAUUACUGUAAAUAAUGGCAGUAUAAGUAAAUCCCCAACUUCCAUGCAUUGAAAACGUUCUUUAUGCGCUGUGGAAAAUAAAUCGCUAUCUUGUAUAUUGA